AUGAGAUUUUCUUCCACACUAGCCCUUGCUACCAUCGUUGCUUCCGUCCUUUCCCAGAAGGUUAGUCUCUACGUUGAUGCCCCCGGCGGAGAUUUCCGCGGCAAGGGGCUUGAGCCAAGACACGAGGGAGCCGCCCUUGACUACCUCUUUUUGACCGACGGCUCCAGCUACUCCUGGAACUAUGACGCCGCCACGAAAAAGCUCAUUGCCCCACAGGCCCAGUACAACUUCCCAAUCACCUUGGGAGGGGCUCCAUACGUUGCCUGGGGAGCCACUCCUGGCUACGAAAGCUUCACCUUUGCCAACGAUGGCACCCUUCAGGUGAACGGCUCCAGCAACGGUUUCUACGCCUGCAAAAACACCAACGACCCGUACCGCUACUCCAGCACCGCAUAUGAGCUCAUGUACUACAAAAACUCAAAAAACGUCCCUCCUAACAGCUGCACCGCCAUUGCAUUGAAGAACGUCAAGCCUCAGCCUCUGAACUCCAACACGAAAGCAGUUUCUGUGUCAAGUGCCCGUUCCGCUUCAGGCUCGUCGGCCCGUCCAAACUCAUCUUCUUCCUCUCCGACCUCGAUCCACCGUUCAGGAUCCGUCACUUCUGUCACCUCCAGAGUCACCGCUGCUUCUACCAAAACCAAUACCGUCUGCCGGGGCAACUGCUCCUCGGCGGCCAUCAGCACGUUCCACAACAAUGCCAUGGUGAUUGCUCCUGCUGGAGCUGCCAUCCUCGGAGGUAUGGCCGUUUUCUUAUUGUAA